GAGCGCAAUUCCCAGUCGAUUUUUCAUUCCUCUACAAGUAGUCGGAUGAAAAGGCAUUCAUUCGGAUCGCUCCGAAUUAGUGGUUCAAAGUGAGAACGAAAAGUCUUGUGAACUCUAUUCGCUUGGUGUCUUUAUUUAUGUUGUUAACCCUCGAAAUAGUGCUUUUUCACGCAUUUUCACCCCCUUUGCCAAAUACUAUUCGUCGCUACCAACAAAAACAUUCAUUGAUUUUUAACACUACUCUCCAGCCCAUCUAUGAGCAUAUUUUUGACAGAGAAGUUUUGCUCUAAAUAUUUUUCCUUCGACAGUCUACGAACAGCGGAAAAAGAAGCAGAGAGGAAGAGCAAAUAAAAAACCCCGAGGAAUUUUCUUCAAAGUGUGAUUCUAUCAUUGAUAUUUGUGUUAUUUUUUUUUAAUGUGUCAAGUGAAGGCUGAAAGUGAGAUACAGAAAAAUUGCUUGAAAACUCAAAUUAAAGAAAAUUUUUUUUGAAGUGCGUUUGUUGGUGGCGAGCAAAAAAGAAACUUAUAUACAUUGCUCAAAGUGUAAGCAUUAACAAAAAUCAAAAAGAAAAAAAGAAAGUCUUUAGUGAAAAUACUCUCCUGAUAAAAUUGAUAGUGGUUUAAAUUUUUUUUUUUGAUAUACAUAAAUGAAAAACUUCAUAUGCCACGAGUUUUAUUUUAUGUGUGGAAUGUGACCUAUUUCUACCCAUUUCUAUUUUCACAUUCAAUUUCAUCUUUAUUUUUUGAUUGAGUUUCUAUCUUCCCAUCUAUCUCGCUCACCCACACAGUCUGUGUUUGAGGCAAGUUUGACAGAUUGUGUGUUUACUCAUGAAGAUGGGAAAUAUAUCUCGUGAAUGAGGAAAAUCACUUUUGGAAAAAUACUUUCUGGUGAAGUGUAUCUUGAUGUAGAAAAGAUACUCUUGACUUUCAACGUCUUAACACAAGAGACUUUUCGGCGUGAAAAAAAUAAAAUAAAAUUUUUGGGGAGUGCGUGGAGAAAAUAUUUAUGAAAAGAAACAGAAGGAGAGAAAAAUGAUAAUAAAUGUGAAUGUGUAUAUAAGAGAAGAGAGAGAAUUUCCAUGGGAGGAGCAAUGAGGAACUGAUACGGGACCAAUUUCAAUAGAUCACGUUCCCAAUACAUCCAGCACAUCUCACAUCAACCAAAAAACAAACAGACCAUCUUUAAGAAAACAGGCACCAAACACAUAUAUACAAAAUGGCGGGAAACUUGAUGAAAUGGUGGCGGCAUAAAAUCUUGGGAGGCUACAAACAAUUUUCAGUUCUCCAAGAGAGUGCAACGGAUUCUGAAGAGUUGAUCUACCCCAUGAGGGCACCGUCCUCAUGCAGUGCCCCACCGGACCUACUCCUCACGAGUGAUCGCGAACCGAUCACCAGUGGCCUAAUGACAUCCACACCAAAUCACCACAUAUCAACGACUCAGCAACAGUCACUCAAAAUGACAAAUCGACGGGAAUCGUCGCCGGCCAAUGUCACCUCAGCGGCAGUUGGUGGGAGUCACAAGAAUCAUCAGAAGGCGCCGCCACCGUCCGUCUCAAAAUCCGCUGAAGAUGAUCGUGUUCAUCUCGAGGAAUUUCACUGUGACGUGUCACUGGAGCAUCAGGGUAAGACACCACAGCCUGUACAGUUCUCCUUUACACUGUACGAUCUCGAUGGACAUGGCAAGAUCACCAAAGAUGACAUCGCCGGCAUAGUCUCAACUAUCUAUGAGAGCUUAGGCAAGAGUAUCGUGGUGCCGCACUAUGGCAGCAAAACCAUCAAUGUGCGCUUGACCGUGUCACCAGAUGCCAAAGUCAAGACACCCACGAAGAAGGCUGCCCUUAUCAAUUCAAGAAGGCGAUACAGACCUCGUAAGCUCCUAUCAGACGACGAAGGUAGUGACACCUCGCAUGACAACGUGCCAAUUAAGUUGAGUCCAAAGACAACGAAUGCCAGAAGUAAGAGUCACUGUAUCCACCAUCAGCAUCAUCCUCAGCAGCAGCAGACACAAAAACUCACCAAGGAGACCAAUAAUCAACCGAAAGACUGUUCAACAACGGACUCUGGACCAGAGCAAAAUCCACCCAAGCCUACAUUUGAAGAGCCUCCCCAUCUUUAUGAAAGCAUUAACAAUUUGAAGUGGUGCUCAAAGGCUAACAAUCUCUUGCAACAGGGCAAUAAUAACAACCCAAGUGCGAAGAAGUCGAGCAAUUGCUUAGAAAUUCUUGACAAUAAACUCGCAGAAAACGAAGGUAACAACGAUUGUGCAGGAUUCUGUCGGGAAUGCUCCCUAAUGGAGCGAUAUAACUUAGAAAGCAUGCCGGUGACUAAGCAAAGAAGAAGAGUUCUUAGAAAGUCUAGAUCACGGAAGCAAAAGGGUGAAGGUGCCUCUCGAGUACGGAGCCUUUCAGUGGGGAAUGAAAAUUGUUUGAUAAAUCGCGAAAAAAGCGAGGAAGAGUGCUGGAAAAGUUCUCUCAGACGACGGGAGUUAAUUGAAAUUAUUCGGGAGAGCAUGGAAAAGAAUCGCCUGUGUUUUCAAGGGAAUAGAAAACCCACAAUAGAUAGUCCUCGGUAUCGUCAUCGAUCUCACACGAUGAAUGAUCAAUGUGUGGACGUUGGAGCUCCAACGAGACUGGAAAACUCACCAGCAAUCUCACCGGAUAUUGUACCCACGAAUCUCUGUGGAUACGAUUCCUUCCUCCAUGCCACUAUCUGUUCCAAUCUCAACAAUAAUCUUCAGUUCACACCCACGGUGGUGCCCACAGCGACCAUAAAUCUAGCCGGAGUGACACCAGUGAGGAACAAUGGUAACCGGAUGAUUAGGAAUCGCGCUCUGAGGCAGCAUGAAGCGGUCAGAAGUGGAAAUCCUAUGGGAUAUAUGCGAUUGCAUGCUUCAGGAAAAGCCACCAAUACAGCCAAUACUCCCAAGAUGACCAAUAACAAGGGUGUUGAAAAUAAGAAACUCAUCUCUAGCGAUUCUCAUGCCAUCAAGGGGAAGACUAAAGCACGCGUUGGUCGCCUGCAGCGAUCAAAGAGCAAGGAAGAGCUCUUAACCUGCCGCGACACAACGACCAAAAUCGAGGACAUACUCAAUGCCGAAGUAUUUCUGGACAAACUCAAGAUCACCGAGGAAGUAGCAGAGAAGUAUGUUGAAUCACCACGUAAGAAUGUAGUCAAGAGGGCUCUCAAGAGUCCCAUAAAUCAAGCCAAGAGUCCCACCAAGGGUUUACUUAUGGAAUACGCUUCGAUUCCCGUAAAUGCUGAUCCCGCCGAAUGUGAAAAUCUGCUAAAAACGCCUGUUUCCGAUGGAGAUGACACAAAAAUUGGAGAUGCCUCCACAGUACACCGAUAUGUCCAUGAACACAUUCAUCAUCACUAUCAUCACUUCGAGGAGGCUACCAGCCCCAAGAUAUAAACCCUAAAAGCUCCGGAAUUGAGCCAAAAGGGAACCCCAUUUAGGCUUACAAAUUGAGCGAUUGUGUGCAUUUUUGUGUGCUUUCGAUGAAGAAAAUUAACUUAUUUAUUUAAAUAAAAAACAAAAAACAAAACGCGUACUUCCGGGAGGGAGAUUUUUUGACGAAGCUACUCGAGGAUUUUUGUAUACUUGCAACCACGAAGACUGAUUUCUCUAACAAAACAAAAAAAAAAAACGAUGAGAAUGAAAAGAAAAUUAAUUUAGUAAAUUAGAAUCAAUCACGGUCAGAUGUUCAAUCUACCUCUUCACACUUGUUUAACUUUAUUAUUUUUUUCAUUAAAUCUCUGGAGAUCAAUGGAAAAAUCUAUCGGGAUUAAAUUUAGGGGUUUAGUGACAAAUUCCUUCCACUCUAUUUUAAGAUUUUUUGACUGUCUAUAAUUGCUAAAUAAAACGUAUUUAUUUAUUUGUAUCACACACCUCUCUUCCCACAUUAAAAUUGUAAUAAUCUACAAAAAAA